ACUCUGUAUCUCUCUCUCUCUCUCUCACUGAAAACCUCAAAUUCUUCAUUUUCAUGGCGGAUUCAACUAAAUACAUUCCCAUCAAUGAAAGAAGUCUGGUUUCAGACUUGAAGCUGAAGAACAUCUUUUCUUUUCAAACAAAGAAGACAAGGGCUUUUGCUUAUGUUUUCAUUUCUGUUUUUGUUGCUGUUACUUUUUUCUUAGCUUUUAAUCCUUCACCAGAUCCUUCUUCUCCAUGGUUUUCUAAUAUCUUCACUGGUACAACUAUUCAACCCAAUGGUACCACUACAACUCCUUCAUCUGCUAGGUCUCAGUUCUCUUCUAUUUACUCUUACUUUUUCCCUUCCCAACCUUCUACUGUUUCUUCUAAUGGCACUAUCUUCAGAUCUCAAACCAUGAAUCCUGACUCACCUAAUGUGAUUAAAGAUCCGCCAAUUGUUCAAAACCAAACUCAGAGUGAUGGUUCGAACCAGACCACAACUGGGUCUCCACCAUCUCAACCAAGUUCGAACCAGACCACAUCUGGGUCACCACCAUCUCACCAGACCACAAUUGGGUCCCUACCAUCUCAACCGGGAUCGAAUCAGACCUCUAAAACGGUUCCAAGUUUAGCUUCAGAAGCGCCGAAAUCAGUACCGAAUAAUGCUACCGAAAAUAUGGUGAAGCCAAGUCCAAAUCCCCAUGAAUCAAUGCCGACAUCUUUGGGAAAGGAUGCUGGAAGUGGUCCCAGUCAAGGAAACGAAGAUAAAGGCACCGCAAAUAAUGUUGCUUCUUUAGGAAAGGAACAGGGUAAUAACGGGACGAAACUUGGAAUUCAGGAUUUGGUGAAGAAUUUAGUCAACUGUGACUUGUUUGAUGGGGAAUGGGUAAGAGAUGAAUCAUACCCAUUAUAUAAACCCGGUUCUUGUUCAUUGAUUGAUGAACAAUUCAAUUGUUUCUCGAAUGGUAGACCUGAUUUAGGGUUUCAAAUGUUCAAAUGGAAACCUAAGGGUUGCACUUUACCAAGGUUGGAUGGAAUCAAGAUGUUGCAAUUGUUGAGAGGAAAGCGAUUGGUUUUCGUUGGCGAUUCUCUGAACAGAAAUAUGUGGGAAUCAUUAAUUUGCAUACUCCGAAACUCCAUUAAAGAUCAAACCAAGGUUUAUGAAGCCUCAGGAAGGCAUCAUUUCAGAUCAGAAGCUUCUUAUUCCUUUGUAUUCAAGGAUUAUAAUUGCACAAUCGAGUUAUUUGUUGCACCAUUCUUGGUUCAAGAAUGGGAAACCAAAGACAAAAAUGGGACAAAGAAGGAGACCCUUCGGCUCGAUUUGAUCAGUAGCUCAGCCGAUCAGUACAAAACCGCCGAUGUGGUAGUCUUCAACACCGGGCAUUGGUGGACUCACGACAAGACUGCCAAAGGGCAAGACUAUUAUCAAGAAGGUAGCCAUGUCUAUCAUGAGCUUAAUGUUUUAGAGGCGUUUCGUAAAGCAAUGACAACAUGGGGAAUGUGGGUCGAUGCGAAUAUGAACCCAACAAAAACGUCGGUUUUCUUCCGAGGUUACUCUGCAUCCCAUUUCAGCGGAGGGCAAUGGAAUUCUGGAGGAGCAUGUGACCAUGAGGUCGAGCCCAUCAAGAACACCACUUACCUGACCCCGUAUCCGGACAAGAUGGUGGUAUUAGAGAAAGUUUUCAAAGGAAUGAAAACCCAAGUGUCGUAUAUGAACAUCACGAGGCAAACGGAUUUCCGAAAGGACGGCCACCCGUCUAUCUACCGGAAAAAACAAUACACGGCGGCGGAAAUCAAAUCGCCGUUGCAUUAUCAAGAUUGCAGCCAUUGGUGUUUACCCGGUGUUCCUGAUACUUGGAAUGAAAUCCUUUAUGCUCAACUUUUGGUCAAACAAUACCAACAAAACCAACACCAAAAGCCUUAGAGCAAAUGUGAAUUACACUUUUUUUUGUGUUCCUUUUUUUUCUUGGGGAAUAUAGAAUACAAAUAAGAAUAUAAAUCAUUUUCUUUUUAAUUUUUAUUUUCAAGAUUACCACUGUUGUUUAUAUGUGUAGAGAGAAGAAAGCUUUGGUGAUUAUAAAUU